CACUCUACACUACAAUUAAACUAAAUUGUUUGUAUAUUUGUCACUAUUAGAAAAUACCCACACUAAUUCAAAAUGAAACCUGUAUUUGUUGCAAUUUUUAUGGUCAUCGUUGUUGUUGCCGUAACUGAUACAACAGCUUUACUUCAAUGUGGCGAAAACGAGGCACACGGCUGUGAACCCUGCUGCCCUCAAUCUGAAGUAACUUGCCAAAACAAAGUAGCUCUACCAUGUAAUAAACCUUGUGUUCAUAUUUGUAAAACUAAAUGCGUUUGUGCCGCAGGAUACCUUAGAGAUACCAACAGCGGAAAAUGUGUAAAAGAUUGUUAAUCAUUUAAGUUUAAUAUUCAAUAUUAAAAAUUAAAGAUGUUUCUUUUGAAAAAUAAAUAACUUUAAAUAAUAAU